GCGCGCCGCGCCGGCUGCUGCAGCGUCCGCGGGACCGGAGCGUCGGCAGCGGCUCGGAGCGUCGAUUGAGGAUUGUGUCAAAAUGGAUCGUGAGUAUAUGACGAAGAUCAACCAUUACUGUCAAAUGCAUAAACUUACAGUGGAUUAUGACACCGUCAAUAGGACAGGCCCAUCUCAUGAUCCUGAGUUCACAGUUGUUGUCAAAAUAAACAGCGAGGAAUAUGGUAAAGGCACUGGUAAAAGUAAAAAAGAAGCAAAAGCAGUAGCAGCAAAAGAAACAUGGGAAAUGAUUGAGGAACAGCAUGGGAGUCCCUCAAAUAUGGCAGCUGCAGAGUUAACGACAAGUCAACCAACCUCAUCACCUGCACUAGACAAAAAUUAUGUCAGCCUAUUAAAUAAUUUUUCACAAAGGACGGGUCAAAUAGUUGAUUAUCCUAACAAAAUUCGUACUGGAGAUGCCCAUGCUCCCACGUAUACUGUUAGCUGUACAAUUAGUGGUCAUUUGUAUGGAAGGGGCACUGGACCUUCCCUAGCUGCUGCAAGACAAGCUGCUGCAAAGGAAGCAUAUGAGAAGAUGGAAACCGAAAGAUCUAAUGGCAGUUGUACAUUUAGCCAAUAUAGCAAUUCCUCUCAGGUGCCAGAUGAGUCUGACUCAGAUAAAAACAGCAUUUGCUUUGCGGAUUCUUCUGCAGAGUUGGUAGAAAAAAUGAAAGACAUGGCAGUAUGUGAAAAGCCUCCACCUUCUCAGAAAAAUGCACGAAGUUCUGUCCUGAAGUCCAAAGGAAGAUUGGCAGCUAAUUUUGCUAAUGUAAGAAACAAGGAAGAGGAAAAAAAUAUGUCAGACUCAAAUGAAAGUUUGCCAGUUGUGGACACAAAUAGAAGAAGAGAAGAGAAUGGGAGUCCACACACUGUCAAUAAAACAUUUCUUGAACUUUUUGAAAAAAUAGAGCCUAUUGGUGCAGGUGGUUUUGGGAAUGUUUUCAAGGCAACAUCGACGUGUGAUAAGAAAACAUAUGCAAUCAAACGAGUUGAAUUCACAGAGAAAGUAGAGCGUGAAGCAGAAGGACUGGCAACACUUACACAUGAGAACAUAGUGCGCUAUCAUUCCAGCUGGAAAGGGGAGGACCAUAUGAAGUACUCAGACUCAAGCCAGAAUUCAAACCAAAAAAUUCUCUGUAUUUUCAUCCAAAUGGAAUUCUGUGAACAAGGGACAUUGGAAAACUGGAUUGCAAAAACUAGCAAAGACCGAAAGUAUCAUGAAAUGGCACAAGACAAAUUUUUACAAAUAGUGAAAGGAGUGGAAUAUAUUCAUUCUGAAAAGUUAAUUCAUCGAGAUCUCAAGCCUCAGAAUAUAUUCCUAUCACAUAAUAAAAUAAAAAUAGGUGACUUUGGUCUUGUGACUUCUGUGGCAUUUGAGACUCUGACUGAGAACAGAGGAACAAAAUCGUAUAUGGCACCAGAACAGACUGGAGUCAAAUAUGGAAAAGAAGUAGAUAUUUAUGCAUUGGGAUUAAUUUGGUUUGAAAUUCUUUCGGCAGUCACUUAUCAUGAAAAAUCUAAGGUAUGGUCUUCUGUAAGAACAGGUGACUUUCCACAGGAUUUCAACAACCGAUUUCCAACAGAGGCAUCCAUAAUCAAAAAGAUGCUUUCAACGGACCCUUCAGGAAGAAUCACUAUAUCUCAUUUACUUGACCUUGUUAAGUCUGUUGAUAAAGAGAAGGCACUUAGAAAUUAUUCUCAUUAAAUAUCCUUUCACACUGUGUUUAAAUCCAGAGUUUGAUGAAUUUAUUACAGUUGAUGAAAUGACAGCAAAUGUUAGAAGCAAGACUUGGGGUGUGUCUUUUCCUUGGCCACAUCACCAUUCAUGUCUGCCAGCUGCAACCAGGACAGGGCACUUCUGCAAGAAAUCACAUGCAAUUUUUACCUGGAAACAUAGGUUGUGGAUGAGCUGGACUGCUUUGUACAAUAAGAACCUGGUCCUUUCCCCUCAAAGAUCAUGUUGAUGUGCUAAAAUGCUAACCAGGUUGUAGCAAAUCCCUGCAUGUGUUGCAUCCAUUAUCCCUUACUAUCUAUUGCUUUCCAUGGAAGAAAGCAUGGUGGUAUGUGACUCAAACCUUUCAGAUUUGUUCAGUGAUAUUGUUAAUAAUUACUGCAAUGCUCCCAUUAGUACCAAGACUAGUUUUGGCAGAAAAGAUACUAGGAAUAGGUGCAUGUUAUUCUUCACUUAAUUUCAGUACUUUCUUAUCUCUUCACAGCUGCUGCUGACCUAGCACCUUCAGUGCUCUAGAAUUUAAACUUGUAAAAUAAGGAUUUCUUAAGAAUUUAAAUGUUAAACACUUUGCUUCUAGGAAAUCUAAUUUAGAACAAAUCUCAAUUUUUGAAAACUUUAGGUUUUUAUGGUUGUCUUUUUUGGAAAGGAACAUUCAAGGUGCUAUUAAUAUAGGAAAAUUCUCCAAUUGCCUCAGUAGUAACCAUUUGAAAUCCUAGGCUGAGAGAGCACUUUAAACAUGCCACUUUAAUCAUUGCCUGAACUAGAAAUACUCUGUGUGGUGUGGGGGAGCAGGGUGAAAAGACAGGCACAUUGGACCUUCAGGUGCUUGUCUUUGAGCUCUAUCUUGUCAAACUGCUCAUUGAUGUGGGGUCAACAUAAAUCCAUAAGGGCAAAUGAGCAGAGAUUUCUAAGCAAAAAAAUAGGUAAUAUGUGAAGUACUGUAUGCUUUUUCUGAAAUGUUAAAUGGGUUAAAAGUGGGUGACUGCUCUAAAAGAAAUAAUGCAAAUGAAGAUACUUAUAUUCUUAGGAAAAUUACUGAUGUUCUGGUGCAAGUAUUUGUUGCUAAAUAAAAAUGUAAUUUUGUAAGGCCUUA